AUGAACGCCUGGCUCGCCGACGCCUCGAACCUUCCUGGCCAGGAGAAUGGGGCUUUCAAUCCUUCGACCAUCGACCCCUCAGCCGCAUUCCUCCAUGCUUCUCCAACCCCCCAGGAUCCCAAUCAAUUCCAGCGCAUGUUCAACAAUGGCGUGCCGCGGAACGCUUCCCCCGGUUUCCACAACCCCAACCAGGUGAUUCCAUCAAAGCGACCCCGACCGGAAGAUGGAAUGCCCAUGUCUCCACGCCCAGGACCGGGCGGCAUCACCGGCUCGCGAUCACAGACUCCUCAUCAAGUGCCAUUCCCUGGGUACCAGGGCCCGGCAAAUGGCGCGCAAUUUCCCCAACAUCCGACUCCCUAUCAGCACCUCCAACAGCAAACCGCAUCGCCUAAUGUAACGCAAUCGCCCAUUAUGCAAGAAUACGAUCAAGCAAGCGUUCGCAUGGGAACCGCAUCCCCCAGUCCAUUCUCGCCAGCUGGUCCUCAUGUCGGCGGCGGCCCCCAUAUGUCCCCGUCGCAGUCCGACCACGGAAGUCGGGUAAAUACCCCGCAGAACAACAAUUUCAUGCCAGGACAGGCUUUCCCUCAGGGCAUGGGAGGCCAGUUCCAGCAGGUCCCCGGAAUGAGCCAGGCGCAGCAACCCUCAAUGCAGACGCAGCAGCUCAACGGUAUGCCCCAGAUGCCACAGCAAUACCACCAAGCUAUCGCUGCUCAGCAGCAGCGGCUUCGCGCUAUGCAAAUGCAAAACCAGGGCCAGCAAAUGCAAAGCCAGCAAAUGAACAUGAACCCUCAAAUGCCUGGGCGUCCUGCUCCUGGUGGCGGUAUGAAUCCCAUGGGCAAUCCUCAGCAAAUGGCGGCUAUUCGUCAAAUGCAACAGAACAUGGCCAAGCCAAACAACCCUGAGAUGUUCCUGCGUUCGAUACAGAAGUUCAUGAUCAGCAAAAACUUUCCCUUCAACCCUACUCCAAUCAUUUGUGGUCGUCCCAUCAAUCUCAUGCAACUGUAUGGAACGGUCAUGAAGAUGGGCGGGUCCAAGAAGGUGACCGCAAUGAAUGCCUGGCCAGCAAUUGCGCAAUCACUUCAAUUUCCCCAGAUGCAAUUCCCGACUGCGGCUCAAGAGAUUCGUGAUUAUCAUCAGCAGAACUUAGGCCCGUACGAACAAGCACAUAUCGGCUCGCAGCAAAAGCAAUUUGAUCAAAUGCAACAGGGUGGCAUGCCACGCCAGCCGAGCGACCCAUCGGCCAUGCAGUUUCAAUCGCCCUCUGUCAAAGCGGCACAGGGCUUCGAGACACCUCAGCAAAUGAAUCACUCCCCUCAAAACAAUACUCCAGUUCCCAAUCACGCCCAGGCCCAGGCCACCCCGGUCAAUGGUUUCGCCACGCCUACCCAAGCAAGGAGCCAAAGCAAGCCUCCUCAAUCCGGCCAGCGACUGAGUGUCUCGCGCCCCUCGCAGCCUCCGGUCCCGAUGCCGGAAGGUCAAUUCACCGCGCCGUCGCCGUCUCAACAGCCUAAGGGCGCCCCGCCAACACCUAGAACUCAACCGAGCCAGGAAGAGCAAAGACCGGAAGAAAUUGUCAAGAAGCCUAUCGAGGACCCAUUCAAGCCUACGGUCAUCACCGAGCGUCGCCUCCAUGGACCUAUUGCCGUGGAUGAGAUGUAUCAGAUGGGAGAGGAAAUUUUGAGGUACCGGCCAUCAGCACCAACAUUUGGUGAGAUGGGUGUGAUUGAUAUCCAUGCUCUCACAAUGAGUUUGAAGUCUGGAAUUCCAUCCGAGAUCCGUGUCUCUUUGGGUGCUCUCACGACCCUUUCCUGCGAAGCCCAGAUACAAAUUUCACUUGAGAACUGCGACGACCUGGUGGAAAGCUUGGUUGAUUGUGCGGAGGACCAGAUCGACUUCUUGACCCAGAAUACUCCAGAGACUUCAGAUAUCAUUUCUUUCCGUUCCUACGAAGAUGUGGUCCGAGGCUGCCAUUCUGAAAACUCAUCACUUGCGGAUGUGCCUGAAUUUGGGAGUCUUGCUUACGAGCUGGAUAGAGCAGUCGACCGACUCAUUUGUGUCACCACCAUAUUGCGCAACUUUUCUUUCAGCGAAUCGAACUUUGGUGUUCUAGGAAUUCCUGCUGUUACUCAAUGUCUUGCUGGCAUCUUCCGAAAGAUUGGAACCCGCAAGAUGUUCCUGCGAAACGAUUCGAAUACAUUGGAUUUCAUGAAAGAUGCCGUGGUUUUUAUGGGUAACCUGGCGCAUGCUAUGCAAAUAUCCAGCAAGGAGGAAGCGUUGAGCCUCUUACAUUUCCUUCUGGCAUUCUCGCCAUUGCCUGAGCCCUCAAAAGAACCAGGUCAUAUCAUGUUUGCAGAGUUUAACCCUUCCAUUCACCGCUACACACCUGCUGCUGUUGACGGGCUGGCCAAAAUGCUGGCAAGAGAUGACCCCAACCGAACCUACUUCAGUGCGAUAUUCUCUGGAGAUGGGUCUACACCACCCCGGACAGACCUGCUUACGCGCGCAUUUGGGCUCUCUAUUUGCUGCAUCCCGCAUAACAGGGUUCUGGCAAUUGCAGAUGUUCGCAAAGUCUUCCUCCUGCAAGGUCUUUUGGCUGCCGAUGUUCUAGCCUCAUUCGCCGACGGGGCUAUGGCUAAGCUAUGGCUCGGCUCUGUGGAUGGGUUCGCUAUUCAUCUUCUUCGCCUUACCUGUGCUGUGUGCACCGACCGCAUUCCACAGCUUAGCAUGCGGGGGCAAAGGGGGCCGGGCGAAGCGGAGGCCUAUGCGUAUGCAUCAAUUGUCAAUCGCGGACUGGCCAUUUUACGUCGCCUUGCCGAGAAGUCUAAACAAAUGGGCAGCGAAUCUCCUCUCCGGUUCCCAUCGGGGAUUACACCUCGCAAGGAAAGUCUCCUUGGAGCCCUUCUUCUCCCCAGCAUGGAUGCCAAUAUCAUCCGUCAACUCAUCAGCUAUGCUCGGCUAGCCGAAUAG